CAAAUGCAAUGAAGUUAUGGUCCCUUCAAAGUGCUAUCAAUUGUAUUGACUUUAUCUCAAAGUUUUGGCGCAAAGUAUUCACUCAUUGAAUGACUGAUUGAAUAAAACAACAAAUGAUUUGUUAUUAUCUCUUGUAUUGAUUGAUAACCGAAGAGAUGUUAAUCAAAGACGUGCGCAAAGAGUUUUACGAUUACGUGAUUACAUCGCGAAGUCGUCUUCUGGUAUUAGUUGGCUAUGAUUUGGAUUCAAUCAGUGCCACUAAAAUACUUCAAUAUCUUCUUGAGUGUCAUCGCAUUCAAUACACGAUAAUACCAGUCAAAGACAAACACCAAUUGUUACAAUCAUUUCAAGAACAUAGAGAUGGUCUCAACGCUUGUCUUCUCAUUAAUAUCGGUAAUACAUUUCACGUCGGCGAGUGGUUAAUGCCGGCUAACACGUGUCGUAUCUUCAUUUGUGACACAAGACGACCAAUCAAUGUAUUCAAUGCCUACGCAAGUGAUGUCUACCUAAUGACUGAUAUAACUGGUCUCAACUCAUUCACAGAUGAAGCUAACAUUAUUCCCGCUUAUGACGACAUAUUUACUGAUAGUGACGAUGAUUUAGAUGAUGAAGAUAUAGAUAGACGACAAUUAUCACUACAAGAACUGGAAAAGAGAAGAUCAAAGAAGAAAAAUAGAUAUCAAUGGGAAACCAAAAGAAAUAAAUUAUUGUUUGAUUACACAGAGAAAACCUAUUGUUCUUAUUCUACGGCACUUCUUAUAUUUGAUCUUUCGUGGAAGUUAUCUAAAGAUAAUAAUGACUUAUUAUGGUUAGCCAUCCUCGGUGUAUCCGAUCAGAUGAUUAAUGUGAAGAUAUCUCAGCAAAAGUAUGACGAACAGUAUCAAUACAUUAAGGAAGCGAUGACUAGAUUGAAGAAUAUUAGAGGAGAGCCCACCAUUGCUUUGAACAGAAUUGUCACAAAUGCUGAUCAAAAUGUGAUCACAAAUCAUAAUCACUUGAAAAUUACUUAUGAAAAGGAUUUAAAAUUAUCUCUUUAUAGACAUUGGAGUCUUUACGAUAGCUUAAGACAUACGAUGUAUAUAUCGAAUAAAUUUAAGAUUUGGAGACUAAGAGGACACAAAAGAUUGCUGGCAUUUCUGGCCGAACUCGGACUCCCGUUAUCUCAAUGUAAACAAAAAUUUUCAUCAAUGGAUUUAGAGCUCAGAAGUAAUGUUAAACAAUGGAUUGAAGAUCUGAGCAAUAAAUAUCAGUUGCAAUCAAUUAUUGGUUACACAUUCAUCGCCAGCCGUGGAUUCAAAGAUAAAUACAAUUGUAAUGAUAUGGCAUUUGCUGUCCGAGCUUUGCUCGAGUCGGCCGACAAAGACAAGAGAGCGAACCAAAAGUUUUUUGAUGCCAUCGAUUCUUUGUCGUGGAAUAACAUCCAGUUAUUGGAAAAGGGAUUAGAUUUGGCUAAACUUCAAUUAUCUGCUAUUCUAAAACAGGUGCAAAUCAUUGUCGACUCAAAACAGAUACAACUAUUGAAUGAUGCGCUUUGGUAUGUCAUUAUAAGUGAGACCACUCCAGACGCUAAUUUCUUUUGUUACUCUGGAUGUCUGAACCAAUUAUCGCAAUAUGUUUUACAUGCUUUGGCCGCCACUAAUCCCAAAAGUAAAAAAAGUGUUUGUUUGCCACUUGUGAUGAUUAGUCCGAACCCGAAUCGGUCGGGAAUGGCUAUGGCUUGUGGUAUUCCUCCCAUUAAAACCAUACAUAAAGCAGAAAACUUUUUUAGUGAAGUUUAUGUACACAUUAAUAGACGGUUAAAGGACUUCCAGUUAGAGCAUGAUUUAGUCGACCCGUGUGUCGCACAUCUGCCCUAUACUCAAGCCCUGACUUUCCUUAAUGAGUUGGCCGUCCUUUUUGCUUAAUUAUGUUAUUAAUUAGAUUAAUAUUUUGCAUGUAAUUCAAAGUUUGAAUUUCAAACCAUAUAAAUAGCCAUAAAUAGUAGUUAUCAUUAUUUUAUUAUAAUUUGUACAAAUAAUUCACUU